AUGACGUCACCAACCCGGCAAUAUGCCAGGUCGGACCGCAAGUCUGAAGGGGUCUCAAGCCGGGUCACACCUGGGAAGCACCCGUGUACACAUUCCCGGGUGCAACCUGGCUCUUGUCAGUCUGAAACGUUGAUACAAGAUCUGAAAAGUAAAGAUGUGAGUCGAACAUUCCGAAAGUCAAUCAACAGGAGACAAGGGAUAACGGCGAUAGGAGGCACAUCUGCUAUUUCCAGCCAGGGAACACAGCAUUCCUAUUCAGAGGAAGAGAAAGUGGCUUUUGUUAACUGGAUAAAUAAAGCAUUAAAAGAUGAUCCACACUGUCAGCAUCUUCUGCCCAUGGACCCAUCCAACAACAGCCUCUUCACAUCACUACGAGAUGGCAUUUUGCUAUGCAAAAUGGUCAACUUAUCUCAACCAGACACCAUCGAUGAGAGAGCCAUAAACACAACAAGGCUGACACCAUUCACCAUUUCAGAAAAUAUUAAUCUAGCGCUGAAUUCAGCCUCUGCCAUCGGUUGCACAGUAGUGAAUAUCGGUGCACAAGAUUUAAAAGAAGGAAAACCACACUUGGUUUUGGGCCUGUUAUGGCAGAUUAUUAAAGCUGGAUUGUUUGCUGACAUUGAAAUCUCCAAGAAUGAAGCUCUUAUUGCGUUACUGAAGGACGGAGAAACACUGGAAGAUUUGAUGAAACUGUCACCCGAGGAGCUCCUUCUCCGCUGGGUGAAUUACCAUCUGACUAAUGCUCAAUGGCCAAAUAUAAGAAACUUCAGCGGAGAUAUUAAG